AUGUACAAAGCACAGUUUGUUGUCUCUUCUUUUUUGGCCCCGGGCUCCCAGUUUUAUCACGUUAACUUCAAGCCGGCAGUCGGACUUUCAAAAGCGCGACUGCUGAAUUGUACCUGCGACCAUUUCACUCGGGUUGGCAGUGGUUGCUUACACAUGUAUUACCUGGCCCAAGAGUACCGCAUGUUGGUUGUUGAGGAGGCACCUAGUAACCAACACCCCAUCGAUCCAAUCUAUGUUGAGAGUGAUACGGACGUUGAAGUCGUAUCAAAUGGGCGACCGAGACCCAAGAGACGAAAUUCUCUCGUAUUUUCACCUCGAGAGUCGAUUGUUUCGAAGCGUGGCUGCUUUGACGCGCCAUCCAUCCCUGCUUUCAGCACAUUGCACCCGAACCUUUGUCCUCCACAGAUUGAAAUGCCAACGGCCGGUACCAGUAACGGUGCUUACUCCAUCAAUGUCCUAUCACACUCAUCCAGCCCCGACGUCAGUCCAGCUAUCGCCAAGAAACCUCAUUUCAGCGGCAAUGUUGGAAAGGCACUUAACUCUUCAAUGAUGAUUCUCAAACGAGCAAUUGAAGGGAUGAAGACGAAGAAGGCAAGACAGGCAAUGGCCAAUGUCACACCACCGGCGACAAUGAAUCACUUUCAACUCAUAUGCAAUACCCUUCUGCGCCUGGUUGAAGAGCGGUCACAGGGUCAUCCCCACACGCUGCCGCCGGUUUUUUUGGGGAUGGGAGAUACUUCGCGCUUGAGUAAUGCGGAGCUUCGGGUCAUUAUCAGUGAGAUGCAGGGUGUCGUGCUGGCUGCACUGAAGAAGACACUUGGGUUGCUAAAGGUCGACAAGCACUUGAAGGCGUUUGUGGCAAAUUCAAACGAGCUUUCUGUAGCGUCUUUCAAAGAGCAAUGCUAUGAAGUGGUUGGAUUUCUUGAUAUUAACUUAUAUUUCUCAUUUUGCCCUUAUCACUUCCGUCAAUUUACAAUGCAACCAAAUAAACAGCCGUUGAAACGACCACGUGUCACCUAUCAGCAAAGCAAGAUGUCUUUUCCCCUCGUCGAAGAUAUCUAUAGCAUUGUACCGUUGCCAUUUGUGCAGGAGGUUCCAGUACCAGCCAGCUUAGAAGACCGUCCCAACGCUUUGCGUCUUGUCCGAUAUCUUGGGGGCCGUCCCCCCCCUCUUCCGUCCAAUCCAUAUACGUUUACAAUUCCCGGUCACACUCUCAAACAUGCCCAAGACUUUGCCCAUGCCAUGGAAGGAACUGUGCGUUGGACUACUCAAAAGCAAAAACCCGACAAACACUUGCCUCAAUCCAGUUCAGCCGUCAAGGCCGGUCCGGGCAGGCCCACCACGAAUUGCUUCAAACUCGAGUUCAAAUGUCCCCGCGCUGGACAUGCAAUAAGGCCAGUAAACUCACGGAAGACGCACGACUCCCAAAAGAUUGGCUGCACCGCACGUUUCACAAUAUCCCAUCACAUCACCACCAACACACUCCGGAUAAUCCCGGAUCUCGUUCAGAACACAUCAUCAUCACUCGUGCUCUUCAUCCCGAGAAGACCGACCGGGCUUUUUGAAAUGGCUGAACGAACUUGCUCUGCUCAAGUGCAAAAGAGACACGAUCUGAUUGUUCUCCAGCAGACCUUCAGAGAGAUGUCCGAGCAUAUUGACGACAUACUAGCGCAUAUCAUCGCGCGCCCAAUCAAAAAUCCCAAUGAUCCAAACUUCCGCCCGUUCCAACUCUUAAUUCCGAUGUUCAAGCUCGCCAGAAUCCUCCUCAACAAGCUCUCAAAAUCGACGAUUGCCAGAACCCAUCCCUUGGAACAAAUGUGCCCCGAGGUCCUUCGGUCCUUCUCCGACGAAAUAACCUGUGACUCACUCUAUAAAUCUAUGCUGCCUGAUCUUACCAGCUUCGAAGGCCAAUUCAAUGGGUAUGUGGCGGAAGGAAUCUCUAUCAGAUUUCAAUCAGCUGCUGGUAUCAUCAGCCAAUAUUACUGCAAUCAAGAAGGUACUGCCACCACUACUACUCCGGAAGCGAUGGCCUCAGCAGACUCUCUUCAAGGCUUUCCUCAAUGGCUGGAUCUUUGGAGUAAAGUUUACCACAGUUAUGUUGACCGUAUCAGUGGAUUGUACCGAGUUCCCAGGCAUGUUUGGGAUCCUUGGAGUUAA